UCUAAUGAUGAAUCAGCUUCUCCUGCUACAAAACAAAGUACUCCUCCACAAAGAAGUGUAUCUGAGACUGGAAGCACUGGCUCUCCACAGGAAGCUAAAGGCCUCAAGGAGCUUACUACUCCACAAAGAAGUGAAUCUGACGUGAAAGGCUGUGCUUCUCCACAGGAGACCAAAGAUCCAAAGGAGAUACUACAGCAAUAUUCAGCUAAGCUACCCAAUGCAAUAUCAGCUAACAUUGGUGAUGUAGCUAAAGCAUUGUUUGCCAAGGAUCUAAUAACAAAAGGGACUAGAGAAUAUGUGACAACAGUUGGUGUAUCUAAUGCUGAUAAAGCUGAUAGAGUAAUGACUGAUGUGAUGGGUCAGUUAGAAGCUUCUCUUAAUGGAACACAAUAUUUAGUUAAAGUGUGUCAUGUAUUGACUGAACAAGGUGCAUCUGUGAAACAGAUAGGAAACGUUAUGCUUAAAGAACUAGGAGAAGACGCUGCUACUGUCCAUCCUCCUCCUCCUCAAAGUGGAGCUAGUGUUGCUAGUGAAGCUGAUACACCAAACACUCCUCCUUCUAAUGAUGAGUCAACUUCUACAAAACAAAGUACUCCUCCACAAAGAAGUGUAUCUGAGACUGGAAGCACUGGCCCUCCACAGGAAGCAAGAAGUCCUAGCAAGGAGCUUAAUAUGAGAACAGUCAUGAAGAUAUUUACUCCUUCUGCCCACCAUUACAGACUGAUAGGGAUUGGAUUGGGUGUAGAAGUAAUAGAUCUGAAAGACACAGAUGAAGCAGCUAAUAAUCUUAUUAAAGUAUUCCAGAGGUGGUUUGAUGCCGAUGAAGAUGUCAGCUGGGAUACUUUAAUGGAACUCUGUGACGACUAUCCUGAUAAACUGGGCAAAGCAAAGGCUAAGCUAAAUAAAGUACUAAGCCGUCAGUAGCAGCUGCUUAUUUUUUAAGUUUUAAUAAUUAUCAUAAUAAUGUUUUUAAAUUCUUUUUCAAUCCUUUUCCAAUUCUUUUUCAAUUCCUUUGUACAUUACGUGUAUGCUAAAGCCCAACACCCACAAGGCAAUAAUAUCUUUUUAAAACAUAAUCCCACACAUUAA